CCUCGGCUGCAGCGCGGAGCCGCACGGCACGGCACGGCACGGCUCGACUCGCAGGCAGAGCCAGCUCGGGCCCUCCUCCAGGGCUGCGUGAGCCGGCGUUUGAUUGGAUUAGAGUCGGCUAGCCUUUGCCCUCUAACCUCGCCGAUGUUGGUUGGCUGCUUCCUGCUCCCUCCGCUCCCCCCGACCGACUGAAGCCUGCCGAAGCCGCACGGCGAAGCGCCCCGCACGGACACAGCCCGACCGGAGCCGAGCCGAGCCGAGGAGCGCCACCCGACACACGCACACGGGCGGGCGGGCGAAGACCGAGGCAGCCAUGCGGAGGAAAUCGAGGAUAUUGUUAUGUUUUGCGGUGCUGUGGGUGUUGGGAAUAGCCUACUACUUCUACUCGGGGACAGCGCUGAGUCGAAAGGAUGAUUGGGGCUCCAGUAAAUCUAGUCGGAGCAAAGCUCAGAGCGCUGACGAUAAAGCUCAUGGCCUGGAGACUCUGGCACCAGGGAAAGUGCGUUGGCAGGAUUUUGACCAGGAUCUAUAUGUUGGAGCCACGGUGGUUCGACCGGGUCAGGAUCCAUACGCCAGGAACAAGUUCAACCAGGUGGAGAGUGACAAACUCCGUAUGGACAGAGCCGUGCCUGAUACAAGACAUGACCACUGCAGACAUAAACAAUGGAGGUCCGACCUACCAGCCUCCAGCGUGGUCAUCACCUUCCACAAUGAGGCUCGCUCUGCUCUGCUGCGGACUGUGGUCAGUGUCUUGAAGAAAAGUCCUCCUCACUUGGUCAAAGAGAUCAUUCUGGUCGACGACUACAGUGAUAAUCCGGAGGAUGGUGCAUUGCUGGGGAAGAUUGAGAAAGUGCGUGUGUUGAGGAACGACCGCAGAGAAGGACUGAUGCGAUCGAGGGUUCGUGGUGCAGAUGCUGCCACGGCGCCGGUGCUCACCUUUUUGGAUUCUCACUGUGAAUGUAAUGACCACUGGCUAGAGCCGCUACUGGAGAGAGUCGCUGAGGAUAAGACCAGAGUAGUUUCUCCUAUUAUUGAUGUCAUCAACAUGGACAACUUCCAGUAUGUAGGAGCCUCAGCCGAUCUGAAAGGAGGUUUUGACUGGAAUUUGGUGUUUAAAUGGGACUACAUGACUCCGGACCAGCGACGAGCCAGACAAGGCAACCCCAUCGCACCCAUAAAGACUCCAAUGAUAGCAGGAGGUCUAUUUGUCAUGGAUAAGGAAUACUUUGAGCUGCUGGGGAAGUAUGACAUGAUGAUGGAUGUGUGGGGAGGCGAAAACCUGGAGAUCUCAUUUCGUGUGUGGCAGUGUGGUGGCAGUCUGGAGAUAAUACCCUGCAGUAGAGUUGGACACGUCUUCAGAAAGCAACAUCCCUACACCUUCCCCGGGGGUAGCGGGACUGUGUUUGCGAGGAACACAAGAAGAGCAGCUGAAGUCUGGAUGGAUGAAUAUAAAAACUUCUACUAUGCUGCUGUCCCAUCAGCGAGAAAUGUCCCUUAUGGAAAUAUCCAGAGUCGUUUGGAGAUGAAGAAGAGAAUAGGCUGUAAGCCAUUUAAAUGGUACCUGGAGAAUGUCUACCCUGAACUGAGGGUCCCAGAUCACCAGGACAUAGCCUUUGGAGCGUUGCAGCAGGGAGGAAACUGUCUGGACACCCUGGGUCAUUUUGCUGACGGGGUUAUCGGUGUCUAUGAGUGCCACAACGCUGGUGGAAACCAGGUAGCGUUACAACGAAGACACACACAGGAAUGGGCCCUGACCAAGGAUAAAUCAGUCAAACACAUGGACUUGUGUCUCACUGUGGUGGACAGAACAGCCGGUUCCCUCAUCAAACUCCAAGGCUGUCGAGAGAAUGACAGCAGACAGAAAUGGGAGCAGAUCGAGUCCAACUCGAAGCUUCGUCACGUGGGCAGUAACCUCUGUCUGGACAGCCGCAGCGCCAGGAUGGGGGGACUCACUGUGGAGGUCUGCAGCCCCAGCCUGAACCAGCAAUGGAAGUUCACCCUCAAUUUGCAAUCAUAGGGGACGCUACAGACCCCAGGGAGAGUUGGAUCUUGAAAAAAGACACCAACAGACUCUGAGACGGAAGACUGAAGGGGAAAGACAAACUCGAUGGAUAAAUGGAUGUUUUUUGCUCCUCCUCCUCAGAGGUGCAGCCACUCAUGCACACCUCUCCCCCACCUCACCCCCACCAAACAAAAAAACACACGAGACGCGCCCCCUGGGGGAGGGGCUUGCAGACCGUACCGUAGUAAACGGGAAUCUGUAUUUCAUGGAUGGGGGCGACAGUGAAGACCAUGAAGAGGAUAAAAACGAUGAAGAGGCUUUCCACCCAAACUACAUACCUCAGUGUUUUUUCAUUGAUGGUUCCAGAAGCAAAUGUUGAGUGAAUUCUUUUUGUUCUUUUACUUUAUUCAAUCCUGGUGAAAUAGGACUUUGACAAUUUUACUUUGUAAUUGUUUUAUUUUAAUUUUAUUAUUAAUAUUUUUUAUUCCUUGCUCUUAAUUCUUUAUGGGGGUUCACGGGAGCUUUUUUUGUUCUUGAAAGAAUUAGAUGUUGGUGUUGUUGCUCCUCUCCAGUGCUCUCCUGUUGGUUUCCCUCAGAGCUAGAGCCUGUACCGGCAGAUGGAGGCUUUGGGUUGUUGUUUUGGUAAAGGUUUGGGUGUAGAGUGAUGUGAAAGGAGGAAAUGGACUCGGUUCUUUGAGAUUUUCCUCUUGUUUACUUUCGGUGGUUCACAGGAUCAACAGAGAAAAUAGAGACGAAGUGGAGAGAAGAAUGCUGUGUGCACUUCCUUGUGUCCUGUAUGUUUUUUUCCUUCAGAUUUCCUCUUGGGGAGGAGAAAGGGUUUCAGGGAGGAGCUUCUUUAAUCUGGACAGGGCCUGACACCGGUUUGGCCCGGAAGAACAGUUCCUGAAAGAAGUGUCUUGACACCCACCUUGAAGAUUUACUGUUUGUCUUCAGGCUGUAGCACUGGCUGCCACAGCACCUUCACUUCUACACCAGUUAUGUCUAGAGAGAAAAUACACAGAAAAUGAAUCUCCUACCAGUCUUUAUUUGUUUACUUUUGUCAAAAAAGAGAGCCAAAUUUCAAAUGGAAGUUUUGUUUUUCAGGAAUACCAGAGGAGCGAUUAAAAUAUUUUUUUCCUUA